CAGCCUGCUCAGCUGCGUGGUGAGCGAAACAGCUUUCAUGCAGGUUUGCUUCAACCAAUGCGAAGAACUCUUGAGCGCCACCGUGUGCUCGCCCCCUCUCCUCGGCAGGCGCCCCAGAAGCCUCUGCAGGAACAGAAGUCACAAGAGCACUCCAAGGCAACCGACACUCUAACAAUUGGAUUCUUGCUGGGUCGCGGCUGCCUAAGUUGUGAGAUUGGCCAACUUGCCCAACUUCUGGCCGGUCAGUUAGAUACUUCUCCUUCCGUUUUCCUCGCUCUCCAAUCUCAAUUUUUCCAGCCCUUAUUGCUUCACUUUUGAACCACCUUCGACAUGACAGGAAUGGAACUCGACAUGCUUCUGUCCAGCCUCGAGCUGCCGGAGAGGAAGGAACAAGACGACCACGCAGGGCCCCUUUGUGAGCUAAGUCAAAAUCAGGCUGUCCCUGGCACCCAGCUCCCCCAAUCCUCAGCCUGGCGGAACACAUCGGAAGAUGGUCGUCCCUCAAUGGAGCGGUUGCUGCGGCAAUCCAUGGUUCACUUGCCGCAGCAGGGAACCAAGUUCCUGCCCGUGGACAAACUGUACGAGGUUGUCUGCCCAUCCAGAGUCAAAGAGGAGUUACGCAGUCGCUUCCACGUUCCAGAGCCCGGACUUAGCAAGUUUGUCCACGAAGUGUGCGGUAGCAAACCCGAAGACCCUCAUCCGCGCCAACCCCACGAUCUCAGGUCCCGGCGGCGGAUCUUUGCCAUCCUCACCUUGAUCGGGCAGGUGCACCAAAUUCAGUCUGUCAUCUACGAAGGUCUGCUUGAUUCAGCUCUGCCAUUUACGACCGUACCACCACAAAUACCGCUCACAACCAAGCACUCGAACCUGCCCUCCGUCGGUAAGGUUUGGAGUCGAGAUGGCAAAGAAGUCAAGUUCAUGCAGGACUGGACGGAUCUGUUCAGGGAGGCUUUUAUUGCCUACCAGUGGACGGUGCUCGCACCAUUCUUCCACUUCCCCAGCAGCUCUUGCGGAGAGGCUCCGCAUUAUGACUUGCCGGCCAAAGCCGUCGUUCCUUUCAUCUCGACCUGCAAUACAUCGCAGGGCGGUUACAGCACCGUGUAUAAGACAGUGAUCCACCCAGCCCAUUACAGCAUUGGAGGCGUGUCGCAGUUGGUGAGUGGCGGAAACCAUAUUUUUGCCAUCAAGAAGCUCCAUGCACCGAGCAGUACAUCCUUCAACGCCGAAGCUGGUGCCUUACGGCGAAUCGGGCGAGCAAAGCAUAUCGUGGAACUGCUUGCCACCUACACUCACCAGGGCAAUUUCUUCAUGGUCUUUCCGUGGGCGGAGAGCGACCUUCAUGAUUUCUGGCGUAUACACCCCAGUCCAGAUACGACGAUUCGACCGUGGGUCAUGGAACAGCUUCAAGGCAUCACCGAGGGCCUGGCUCGAAUUCACAGGUUUGGCAUGUCAGAUCCCCCAGAAUCAUCGUCAGGUUACGCAUACAGCGGCCGGCACGGCGACCUGAAACCAGAAAAUAUUCUGUUGUUCAAAAGUGAAGAGAGCGAACACGGAAGGCUUGUCAUCGCCGACUUUGGCCUGGUGCGUUUCCACACCGAAGCAACAAGGUCGAGAAGCAAUGCAGCCAUGGUCCCGGUUUCCCUAACCUAUCGAGCUCCCGAGUGCGACCUCGGUCAACCCGUAUCUAGCUCGUACGACAUAUGGAUGCUAGGGUGCAUCUUUUCCGAGUUCAUCACAUGGCUGCUUCUUGGUUAUGAGGGCGUUGAGGAGUAUAGCAGACGCCGUCUGACUAUUCAUGACGUCCCCUACCAAUGCACACUCGAGGACACGUUCUUCAAGAUGGGUGUCAAUGCUAAUGGGAACCGCUUUGCAGUGAUCAAUCCCUCCGUCGUAGAGUGGUGCCUGCAUCUGAGGCAGCUGCCUGGGUGUGCUCAGUUUAUACAAGACAUUCUCGAGCUCACCAUGUCCAAGAUGCUGGUGGUUGACCCCAAGGUCCGUUUUACAGUUCAGCGGGUUCUAGAAGGAUUAUCGGAGAUCAAGAGAAAAGGAGAGCAAAACCACGGAUAUUACGUACAGGCCCACGGUGAAGAGAAAGGCUGCGUGGGCCAUCAGGGCUCUAUGCCGACGAGAAAACAUGGCCGAGCUACCGACAUAGUGGAGGAGAGCUCCGAUUUGGUUGGCAAUUGGCGCCUGAGCAGCGAUUCAGAAUAUCUUCGGACACAGCGAGACAACAAGGCGAAGAAGCAGAGACAGUGUGAACCGUGUACGCGAUUUGGUUGCCCGUUUCGUCAUCGUAACCCGCACCGGUUCAACGUCAUGGACUAUCCCAAGUGCGCCACAGGAUCUUUUCCAGAUAUUUCAGCUCUCAAGCGGCAUGUCGUCGAGUGUCAUCGACGGCCCGCGCGAAUGGUUUUUGAAGAACCUCCCGCACCAUCGCAUCGAUGCGAUCGUUGCGGUGAGCUGUUUGAGUCGAAAGACGACCUAGCCUCACAUCUCCGGGUUCCCCAAGAAGACAUGUGCAAAGUCCGCGAAAUUGAUGCUAGACCUCAGCAGGGGGAUGAUCCGGAAGACGGCGUAACAAAGACAGUACAAGAUGUACUCGGCAGCAGGGCCAAAGAUAAAGUCAUGAGCUGGGAUCACUUGUGGCAUGUUCUAUUUCCGAGUGAUAGCAGAGUGCCGAAUGGGGAAUACCAACCGGUGAUUGAGGACCACGAGGUGUUAAAACGAUUCCAAGACUCGUCCGCAAGAAGUCGCAAUUUGAUCACGGGUGCACUUCGACGGGCGGCUGCCUAUGGAAGCCACGAUCUGAGCCGCCCAGAAAUUGUCGAUGAAGUCUGGAGAGCGGUCCAGGAGCUCAUCACCCACAUGUUUGACCGCACUUUACAACCGCCCAUCAUACGAACCCCGACCCACGCAAGGAAGCCGAGAUCCCAGACAGCCAAACCACGACCACAGCAGCAGCAGCAGCAGCAGCAGCAGCAACUGCUCACGCCAGUACCAACCGCCAGGCACACAAGAGACCGGGAACUGGCUCCCAGGCCGCCCCAAACCAUUGCUCAUCAGCCCCAAUCUCCCGCCGUUCCGACAACAACGAGUGAGGCCUUCUGGGGAGCCAACAACUUGCAAUUGGGUUUUACCAUCCCGCCGAAUCCCACAGAGGCGCUUAACUUCAUGACCGACUUUCCGCCAUUGCUAUCAACCCCAACUAAUACUCUCACAAGGGGCUCAGGAUCUAGUAUUAGCACCCGAUCCUUGAACUGUGAAAGUCACUCCCAGCGUCCGUUACGUAUCUCAGUAACAGCACCUACUCCACCUUUGAACAUGGGGUUAGAGCAAGGGGCGGAGACAGCCGAUACUAGCACUCGGGCCCUCAAUCCAGUCUCCCAUGCAAUGACCGGACUCCGGCCGGCGUGCGGAAUGUGCGUCAUUGACCCGAUGGGCUGUCCUUGCCACCUUGCAACCGGGACGCAUGGAAGGGGCAGCCUCAGGACGGCGAUGGAUUCCAGUGGGCCAUUAAACCAAUAUGUGAAUAUGGGCAUGAGUGAUAUCAUGAGUGACAUCUUCAUGCCAGAUAUUGGGCUUUGAGCCACAUUAUGAGACCGGAUGAGCCACAUUAUGAGACCGGAUGAGCCACAUUAUGAGACCGGAUGAGCCACAUUAUGAGACCGGAUGAGCCACAUUAUGAGACCGGAGUCAGGGGCAACAGAGCGAAAACAGGAAGAAGGAUGCAAAAAGUGAGGACAUACAACACCGAGGAUUCGCUGGUCGUCACCGACCCAACUACUAAUUCGGCGGUCGGUAGCUUA